GCUCUCUUUCAGAUUCUAUCAGAGAACCCAAUGGAGUCUUUUGAAGAACCUGGUCAUAUUGGUAGGGAGAACUUAUUAGAAGUUCCUACUUUAAGUAAUUGUUUUUCAGAAGAAGAAGAUGUUAAAGCUACACAUCAGCAUCGUUUCUCCCCUGCUCCCCGAAGGCGGAAUUCAGAUUCUUCUGAAGAAACGGAAGCAGAAAUCCCCUCAACUACUGCAAGAAAAGUUUCGUUUGCUGAUGCAUUUGGUUUUGAUCUUGUAUCUGUUAAAGAGUUUGAUAGCUGGGAUAAUCCAAUUACACAGCCCAGUGAUGAUUUAGAAGAUGAAGAUGUGCCUGUGGAUGAAUUCUAUUUAACUCCAUUGUUUCUAAUUCCCACCACACAAGAGGAACUUUUGCAAACUGUGCGUGCACAUAAAAUAUGUUUAGAGUUUGUAGAGUUUCUUCCAGGCGUAAUAUGUAUGAAGGGCAUAAUUCGUGUUCUGAAUAUAACCUUUCAGAAGUUGGUCUAUGUUCGAAUGUCUUUGGACAACUGGCUAACUUAUUAUGACAUCUUAGCAGAAUAUGUGCCAAAUUCUUGUGAUGGUGAGACUGACCAAUUCUUAUUCAAGAUUUCAUUGGUUCCUCCUUAUCAGAAAGAAGGUGCUAAAGUUGAAUUUUGCAUACGAUAUGAGACAUCUGUGGGAAUAUUUUGGUCAAACAAUAACAGUAAAAAUUAUGUUUUGAUUUGUCAUAAAAAGGGAACUGCAUCAUCAUUGGACAAUAAUAAACUUCAGGAAGGAGUUACAAAUAAACAUAUCAAAGGCUGCUUAAAGACAACACUGAACAGUAAAGAGGAAACAUUGACAAUGGCUGAUAAAGACAUUUGGAUUAAUUCCAGAAUCUCAGAUAUCCCCCAGAUCGUUUAUUCACAUCUGGAUAAUGAAAAUAAAUACAGAAAAGAAAAUGAAGAAGAAAAAAAUGAUGUCUGUAAUGAAGAUGACAAAGAAAAUGAGAAAGAAUUGGAGUUGCUGCUAAGUCAUCACUUUACUAGAAGCAGAAGUUCUUCAAUGAAUGAAAGGAGUUCCUAUGCAACUGAACCUGUUAGAUUUCCAAAUGAACUGCAACAACUGGGGGACAAGCUAGAGUCUGGCUUGAUUAGACAACCUCUGCCUAAAAGCUCUUCAACAGAACAUUCUUUACAAGACAAAGAACUGCAGAAUAAUCAAACAUGUUCCAUUGGAAAUAAUAGACAGUUAUUAUUCCCAGAAAAAUGCAGUGAGGUUGACUUACUAAACAAAACUGCACAGUCCUUAGAGGGUUUGAAUCCAAAUGAAACCUAUUUCUCACCAGAUCAUUGGUCUGAAAUCAAUAAAAACCAGACUGCCUAUAUUCCAGAUAUUGUCUCAAGCAAUUGUGGAAUGCAUCAAGCAUAUGUUCAAAGUGAGGAAUCUAAGAAUGUCCCAAGAAAUAAAACAAAAGAGACAUUAUUCAUAGGUGAGGAUAAUUAUAACUUCAAAAAAGCAAGGGAGACUGUUUCCUUAGAAGAUGAUGAAGCAGGGAAGUUGAAAGAAAAUGCAUUGAAAAGAAAGUAUAAUAAUAUUAAGACAGUCCAGGAACAACUUAAGCAGGAAAUACCUUUCCAAAUUCCAGAGUUAGAUUCAGAAAACAUCAGACAUGAACCCGAAAGAGAAAAAGUUGAAAGCAAAAACAAAUUAUGUUUAAACAGAGGUUUAAAUAGUGAAGCUAUGGCAAAUGCUGAUGUCACAGAAAAUUGUUUGGCAAGCUUUCAUUCAGAAGACAUUGUAGAAGAAAAACGUAAGUCUGAGUAUAAUGAUGAUAAGGAAAAAGAAAUCAUGCUAAAAAUUAUAGAGAACUCUCCAGAAAAACAAAUAUCUCUUACCAACAGGUAUAGAAAACAUGUCUUACGUGAUAAUUAUGAAAUUAACAAGCUAGCUAAGUUACCUCAAAGGGAAGAAGUAAUGACUUCCAGUGUCCCAGGUGAAAUAAAAGAGCAAAUGUCAAAAUCAAUAGGGCUUCCAUAUUUAAGUGACAGUGGAAACUCAAAUAAUAAUAAAACAGAAAGCAAAAGUUGCAUUAUAGAUGAAUCAAAUCAUGACUUAAAAAAAGAAGAAAUUAGAAUCCCUGAGAAACUUCAUAAUACACUUUGGGAAAGUCAAUCCCAUAUUGUAUCACCAGUUGAUGAAAAUGUGUUUAUGCAAUCUAUAUUAAUAAACACAAAGAAAAUGUCUGAUAGCAGAAACAACUUAGAAAAAAGGAAGUACAAUCACAAUGAUAAUCCAGAAAACAGAAAUAUUUCUGAGAUAGAACCCUGCCAAAGUGAACCUGACACGAUUAUUCUUAAAGAUCAGAGUACCUGGGACAGAUUGAUGAUUCAAACGGGGAGUGGUUCAGAAAAUCAGUUGGCAGAAAGACAAAGUGAAGCAAAUAAAAGAGUGCAGAUAAAGGAACUAACAGGAGUUGAAGCCAUGGGGGGUAUUAAUGACAAUACAAGAUGUUUGAAAGUAAGUCCCACAGAUGAACUAUUUACUUGCCAAGAUGCACUCAGGUAUGAGGAGACCUCAGUCACUAAGCAUGAUAAUACAGAAGAAGCAGAAGCAGUUACAGCUGCUUAUAUAAUUAAAAUGACAUCAGAAAGUAUUCCUGAAAAAAUGUCUGCUAGUGAAAAAGCAGUAAUUUUUAAGCUACCCCAAGAGACUGCAUUAAGUGACAGGCCCACAGAGAAAAAGGAAAUGGUAUUUGAUAUACAUGAAGGAAGAAAUGAUGGGUCACAUUAUCCUCUUUGUCAAUGCAAUAGAGAGGGUGUAUUAUGUGACACCAAAUUUGGAGUAUCUGCUUCACAUAUUAAUAAUGUGCCCACAUAUGAAACAGUACAUAUGGAAAUGAUUUCAACACAUGCAACAAAUGAAAUGCUUGCCAAAGCAGAACAUAAUUCUGUAAAUAAUUCACCAUCAACUGAAAUAUUUUGUCCUUUUUCAGCAGAAGGAAAAAUUGUUUCGGAACAAGGUGUGCAUUGUGAAGUAUCAUUGAAUCAUUCAGAACAUUCUUCACAAGGCUUACACAAUAAAGAAGUUGAAGAAGGAAGCAUCUGGAGUUCAUUUUCUCACAUAGGUCCCACAACUGAACCAAAAACAUGCCAUUUGGAUAAAAAUUUUGUGGGAAGCUGUUAUAAAAACUCCUCAGUGAUAUCUCCCAAAGGAUUUGCAGGCCCUCAAAUUGCUGAAGUAGAAGAGAUGUCACCUCCACCCACAAAUGCUUCAACUGAAAUUGCAGCUCAAUCUGGAUGUAACUUCAACCCAAAAGAUGAAACAACUCAUGUUAUUACAAAUAUCACUAAGCUGCAAGAAUUUCUCCCUAGUGAGAAUAGAGAAGGAAACAUAGGCCAGUUUUCCCAUCAAACAGAGUUCAGUCCAGAAAAACAAAUAAAGCCCACAAUUUUAAUUAGGGAAUCCACUGAAGAAAGAGAAGAAACAAGCUUAGCUUCGGAAGGUUUAAUAACUGAAAAGAAAAUGAAUAUUAUCAGACACGAUAAGCAGGCUUUUUUUGAUCAUACAGGAAUUUCUAGCCAGAAAAAUGAAGCUUAUAAUUCACCUACUGAGUGUCUUGUGUUAAAGCAUAUUGCUUACAAAAUAUUUUAUUUCCUUUUGUUCAUUGUAUUUUGUGUAACAUUGUAUCAUUAUGAUUUAAUUGUCUGCUUUGCAUUCUACUUAUUUUCAUUGUGCUGGCUAUAUUGUGAUGGUAGGAGAAACAAAAACUCCAUCAAAAAGGAAUAGUAUGAAUAUUCCACAUUGUAUGUAGAAUUUAUUAUCUGCUUGUUCCAAAGAGUAACAAUGUCUACUCUUAAAACCAAAAUAAGACUCCUUUCCUCUUUUCAAAUAUUGCUUGAAAAGAAUGCACACGGAAUGCAUAUGUACUGUAUAUGCAGUCAUUCUAUACAGGACCAUUCUGUUUGGAACAUUAAGUAUAUAUAUAAAUCAAGAGUUCUACAGCAUAUCAACUUAUAUUAAAUGUAGCUGCUGUCUCUUAACCCAUUAUGAAGGUGUGACACUUCAGUCUGUUUGGGUUUGAUCAUAUUUAUUUUGUAGUAUAGUCUCAUUUUCUGUGAAUUUUUAAAAAUAUAAAUAUAUUUAGCAACAUAAAUUAAAUACUUAAUGCUUUAAAAAGAAAGAACAUGCUAAAAGGGCCUGUUAAUACAAGAGUUUCCCUUGCUAAAACAGUUGGCAAUUAACAUCACAAUGGAAGGAUUAGAAGAAGCACUCCCUUUACUCUUCAGCACAUGUUGCCUAAGAGUUUUGUACACCAUUCCUUUAUAUGAACCUGUGUGCCUCCCAUCUUUUUUCAAUUCUACCAUAUGAAGACAUCCGAUUUUUAAGAAUUAGUGACCUAAAUCCUUCAUAUUUAAACUGUUAUUUGACCAUAUUCUUAACAUAUUAAUAUACUGAAAUUUUGAUUUGUGCAUGAACCAGUACAAUCAGUGAGAAUUAAAAACCAUAAGGAAUGUACUUCACUUGCUAAAUCUGUUACAUCUCAUUGUCCAUCUUCCUCAAUGUAGCUCCUUCCAGAUACACUGGAUUUACAUAUUCUUAGCUAAUAUGACCAAAGGCUGGCUAGAAAUUCUACAAAGUACCAAGUUGGGAAAUGCUGAUCUACUGCUCUAAUUUGUGGGUGGGUGGAAGAAUUCUGAUACAGAUUACAUGACUGGCUUUUUUCCAAGGUAAUGAGUUAUAUAAUGAAUAACAUUAAUAGCACGCUGUCAGCUGUAGAAUGCAAAGUAAUUACAAUGUAUGUAUAAAAAAAUAUAAAGUUAAGCAAGAAAACCAGGUUCCCAUUUUUAUCACAGAAUUAAUACAGACUGAUACACACUAAAGGAUAAAAACUGGAGCCUCGCUGUUUUCAUUUGUUUGUAUUUUUACAAAUGAAGACUGUGUGAUUUUCUUUUUUUUUUCUUCCGCAUUAUUCCAGUUAAUUUUUUUGAACCGUAUUAUUUGGACUAUGUUAUAUAGAAAAAGCAAACUUGAUGAACAUUGAAUAAUACUAAUAAAGUUUGAAUGUCUUGGUUGUAUGUGAAUAUUUCAAAUUCUCAAAUGAAAAUAAUAAAGUAUAACAAUUGUGCUAUAUCCUAUGCAGCUAUGGAAGAUUAAUUUUGACCAAUACUGACAGUUUGGACCUCCCAGCUGAUAACUAAUAAAGAAUUUGCAUA